AUGGGUGUGAAGCAGGCUCUAAGGAGCAUCGAUGCGUUCCCAAGAGCAGAGGAUCAUUUGCUGCAGAAAACACAAUCUGGUGCAGUUGUAUCGAUUGUUGGACUCUUUAUAAUGGCUACUUUGUUCUUGCACGAGCUGAGUUACUAUCUUAACACACUUACAGUGCAUCAGAUGUCUGUGGACUUAAAGCGCGGAGAAACUCUUCCAAUUCAUGUUAAUAUGACGUUUCCAUCUUUGCCUUGUGAUGUAUUGAGCGUGGAUGCGAUCGACAUGUCAGGGAAGCAUGAAGUGGAUCUCGAUACAAACAUUUGGAAGCUCCGUCUCAACAGUCAUGGUCAUAUCAUUGGCACAGAAUACAUAUCUGAUCUUGUUGAAAAAGAGCAUGAUCACUCAGCUCACAAGCAUGAUGGCAAAGAAGAACCCAAGAAUGAGACCGAGUCAUUCAAUUUUCUCGGCUUUGAUCAAGCUGCUGAGACAAUGAUUAAAAAGGUGAAGCAAGCAUUGGCAGAUGGAGAAGGAUGUCGGGUUUAUGGUGUCAUAGAUGUACAACGAGUUGCUGGAAACUUCCAUAUCUCAGUUCAUGGACUAAACAUCUACGUUGCUCAGAUGAUAUUUGGUGGUUCGAAAAACGUAAAUGUGAGCCAUAUGAUUCAUGAUCUCUCCUUUGGGCCGAAAUACCCUGGAAUUCACAACCCGCUUGAUGAUACAAACCGAAUCCUACAUGACACCAGUGGAACAUUCAAAUACUAUAUCAAGAUUGUUCCUACGGAAUACAGAUAUCUCUCAAAGGACAUACUCUCAACAAAUCAGUACUCUGUAACUGAAUAUUACACACCGAUGAAUGAAUUUGACCGGACAUGGCCAGCUGUCUACUUCUUAUAUGAUCUUUCACCAAUCACUGUGACAAUCAAGGAAGAACGACGUAGUUUUCUCCACUUGAUCACUCGGCUUUGCGCUGUAUUAGGCGGUACCUUUGCUCUCACAGGAAUGCUAGAUCGUUGGAUGUUCCGUUUGAUUGAAUCUUUCACUAAGAAGCCGAGUACCAGAAGCAUACACAAGUGA